AUGAAGCGCGUGCUAGUGCUGAAUGUCGACUCUUUUGUUGGGAGGGAGGUGUGCCGUUGUUUUUUUGACGCCAAAGAGUACCUGGUUGAUGGCACGCUGUACCAUUUCCAAUCCACUCGAGAGAAUCCGGAGGCGAAGGAGUCUCUCAGAACCGAUGGAUUGGACUCUGCAGGCAAGAUGAAGCCUCAUUGUGCAACCGCCUCUACGAGUUCGGUGCGGCUAGACGUCCCACCAGACAUGCGGCCAUUUCUCAACUCGGUGAUGCCGCGACAUGGCGAUAUUAGUGAUGAGCAGUUUCGCGUCCGGGUGCUGACGUACGACAUUAUUAUCGCCAUCCUUGAAGAGGACGCGUUCGAGGCGGACUGCGCUAUCAAAGUGCUUCGUGGGACACACUACGAGGUGGAAAAGACUUUUGUGCUUGUGUCCAAUGUAUUUACAUGGACACAGACCGAUGCACACGAGCGUGAGUUACGACGUGCCGCUCGCCGUGCAGAACGGGAGGCGGCUCGCGCCCAACGUUACGAGGAUGAUGUAAUCGAGGAGGAAGAGGAGGAAGAAGAGGAGGAAGAGGAAGAAAUGGAACAAAAGGUAUGGACGGAGGAGGAUUACCGUCAGCGCUACCCCGAUCUCCGUUACCAUCUCUGGAAGGACCUUGAGCAUGCGGUGAAGCAUGCAAACUCGGAGACAUUACACACAUAUGUGCUGUGGGCCGGAUUGCCGUACGGUCGUGGCGAAGACCUUCUUGUGUCCCAUUUUAACGCAGCGUGGAGACAUCAGGAGAUGCUUCAGUAUGGGGAUGGAUCAAACUACAUCCCCACCAUACAUGUAAAAGAUCUUGCGCGGAUCAUCUACCUUGUCGGCUCCUCGUACGAUACACUUGAAGAUCGUUACAUGUUUGCCGUGGAUCAGGGCAACAACACACAGAGCGAUAUUUUGCAGGGCAUAAAGGACUUUAUUGGUGGCGUGGUGUCGGUUACGGCGCCGGAAAUUGACCGUAAGAAUCAGGUUGUGAUACCAGGUAAUCAAAAAAAAGGCGGAAGAGAGGCGGAUGUGAAAGAAAAUGAAUUAGCAGAAGAGAUCCAGCAUGAGCAUGACGUCCUGGUGGGGCUGGGGAUGCGGGAGGCACAAGUUUUGGAUGAAGAAAAAGAGGAAAUGUUAAGAAUUAAGGAAAUUUCGCAGCGAGAGAAACUGCUGCGGCUGGGUUUGGGGGUACAAGAAAUUGAAAACGAUGAUGACACAAACCACGCGCUAAGGCCGGAAGCGGCCUCUAAAGUAGGGGCGAGUCUCACGAUCGCUCCACCGCAUGGCCUGGCAAACUGGUUCAGUGCGGUUGACAUGCGCUGUGAGCCCGGUGCCGUACUUGCGCUUCUCGAGGAGGAGGAAUGGGUUUCACUUGGGGGGUUCUUUGCGAAUGUUGACAAAAUUGUGCAGGAGUUCAAGGCCGCACGGCAGUUGCGUCCGAUGCGUCUUGUUCUCUCUGGCCCACCUUUGAGCAAAGUAGGGGAAGUCGCCGGCGUACUUGCGGAACUAUUUAAUAUUCCCCACCUGACGUUGGCAAAUGUGACGGCGGCUUACGAGGAGCAUGUGAGAUCUCUGCGAGAGGAGUUAAUUGGUAUUCUUGUGUUGCGACAGCUGCGGAGACACACGGCACGCGAAGAACGCCGACGCCGCGAGAAAGAAAGGGCCAAAGAGGCGCGAAGAAAAGCCAGGGAGGAGGAAGGAGAGGAAGGAGAGGAGGGAGAGGAGGGAGAGGAAGAGGAGGAGGAGGAAGAGGGAGAAGAAGAGGGAGAAGAAGGGGCAGAAGAAGAGGAAGAAAAGGGAGAAGAAGGAACACCCGCCGCGCAGGAUUUGGACCCUGCAGAGCGUAUACGCGCCGCCAUCACCGAGGCGAUGUUGCUGCGUGUACCGGAGGAUGAAGAGGAGGAAGAGGAGGACGAUUCCCACUACAACGCCGAUGAUGAGGAGGAGGUGGAUGAGAAGGCAGCCGCCAUGGCGCAGCAGGUGGACGAGGCUGAACGACGUCGAAUUGCGACACUUCGAGAGGAGUAUCGCUUCGCCACACAACUGUUAUCACUGCGUCUUUUGAAUGGGGAGUUCCCGCGGCGACCCAAAAGCGCUGAUGAAGAGGAAGAGGGCGAGGAGGAAGAGGAAUACGACGAAUAUGAUGAUGAGGAGGAAUACAUGAAUAGGAAGAAGAGACGGGAGCAAAAGAAGGAUGUCAAAAAAGAUGUUACAGAGGAACCCCCGCCGACGAUUCGUUACUUUGAUGAGGUGAUGGCUGUGAUGGUUCGCUGGCGGCUGCGGCAGGAGGACUGCAAGAAUCAGGGAUACAUCCUGGAGGCAUUUCCAGAGACGGUGCGUCAGGCCUGGUUGACGUUUCUAGCCGACACUGAGGAACAAAAGGAGAUGCAGCGGCCGAAGUUGCAGAAGGUCCGUGACGAGGAGGCCGUACCACAGCCGCUGCUUGAUGCAAAUUUCCCAUUGCCUGUUCUUGCAGAUCUUGAGGAGGAUCGGAAACAAGAGAUAAUGGAAUUGAUGACGGGGCGGAGAUUUGCGUCCGCUGAGGAAGUUCUUGUUCCCACACAUGAUACCUUUUUCCCAGAUUGCUUUAUUGCUCUGACAGGCAAUGAGGUUACCCUUCGGUCACAAAUAUAUGCUGCAAUUGCCACUGCGACUCCUGGUGAUACGACGCCGGAUUUUUCCGAGCAGUUCACGCGUUAUAUGACACAUAACCGUCCUGGUGCCCCACCGACGGAAUCGCUUAUUUGCUGGUUUCAAACCGUGGUGGCAGAGAGGGUGGAUGAAGAUGGAGAUGUUGCUGUGGCUACGGAAGGAGGUGAAUUGAGAGAAAAGGUGCCCCGAAAGGCAUGCGUUCUAUUCGUACCGGUAUUUUCUACCUUUCCUCAAGCCGUGUUGCCAAAGUUUUUUAACCAUGAGGAGAUCUCUGGCAUGAGAGCCUACUGCACCUUUAUCCGGUCUGAGAUUCUUAAAAACAUUGGUCUUGACAGCUGUGGCUCUGUGAUAGAUUCCAUGCGGGCAGAGGCGGAGGCGAACAAAAGUCGGGUACAGGAGCUCGCGUCGGAGAGGGAAAAAUUAGAAAAAUUGAGUGCCUCGGAUAAAUUAUUUGCCGCGGCCGCACAAAAAUUGGAGGACGACUUUUUGGAGAAUGAGCGGCGUGCGUUGCGAUUUUACCAGGCAAAGGAGGAGUUGGCGUCCAUUGUUGGCAUUGACUCUAUUCCGGUGGAUGUGUACUUGAUGCGAUAUGUGAUGCCUAGUCUGACGCCGCUGAUGGCGGAGGUUGUGCGGAUGCGCCCUGAGGACCCUGUGACUGUGUUGGCGGAUGCCCUUUUCCACCACAAGCGGCAAGUGAGUCUCUGA